AAUUAUUCAAGACGAUACAGUAUAUUUGAAGUAUCCACUCGAACUGCAGUUAACGCAUUUGAACAAGUGUGACCAGUGUGUUUUGGUGCGGUGACAGAGAAAGAGAGAAAAGAAUAAUAGACUCAUUUCAAUGCUCGUCACAAAACCCGAUUGAAUAAAACAACUUUAUUGGAUCAGCUGAAGUUUUCGACAAAAAAAAAACUUUUAAAAUUAAACUAUAAUAAAUAAAAUUGAACGCUGCAAUCAAGCUCUAGAAUUAAACGUAAUCAAAUUGAGUAAAAACUGAUUGAGGACAUUGUGAUGAAUAAAGAAUCUCAUUAAAUCGUAUUCACAUAGAUUCCAAAAUAAGCAGCGUGCGUGUUUUCAUUUUUGUUCGGUAAACAAAAAGCGAAGAAGAAGAGACCAAAGGUUGACACGUCAUAGAGAGCGCGCACAUAAACAAUACACCAACAUGACUGACACUUCGAAUGACAUUUCAGUUGGAAGUUUAACCGAAUUGCAGAACAUAAACAAUGUUCAACGAACAAAUAAACUUUGUGAUGCAUUUCAAAAAACAUUCAAUUGUGAACCAAAGUUCUUUGUCAACGUUCCCGGCCGGGUGAAUUUGAUCGGUGAACACAUCGAUUAUUGUGGUUAUCCCGUAUUGCCGAUGGCAAUUGAACAAAGUAUUUUACUCGCUGUUGCACCGUCCGAAGAUCGUUAUUUGCAUAUAACAAACACAAAUGAACGAUACAAACCGUUGAAAUGUCCUAUCGAUAAUAUCAUAGUACAGGUGCCUGAAAAUGGAACACCACCAGAAUGGUACAACUAUUUUUUGUGCGGUGUUAAAGGAAUCUACGAUGAAUUACCAAAUGGUCCGCAAUGGGGAAUGUUAGUUACUGUUUCCGGGAAUAUUCCACCAGCAGCUGGUCUAUCAAGCUCCAGUGCAUUGGUUAGCGCUGCCACAUUGUGCACGAGCUUUGUGAAUAAGUUUUCGUUGAACAAAACAACGCUUGCCGAUAUUUCAGCGAAAUGUGAAAGAUAUAUUGGUACACAAGGCGGUGGAAUGGAUCAGGCAAUUGCAUUUUUGGCCAUUGAAGGAUGUGCACAAUAUAUCGAAUGGGAACCAUUAACGGCAACAUCAACCGCUCUACCGUCGAAUGCAUUCUUUGUCAUUGCAAACAGUUUGACCAAGGCAAAUAAAGCAGCCACCUCUGAUUUUAAUCAACGUGUCAUUGAAUGUCGUUUAGCUUGUCGAAUUCUUGCCAAAAGUGCAAAUUUACCGUGGCGAGAACUGGAACGAUUUUCAACGCUACAAAAACGAUUACAAUGUUCGCUUACCGAUUUUGAAAGGUUUGCUGAUCGUAUUUUAACGCGAGAUUUAUACUCAAGAGAUGAUAUAAUUAAUUUCUUGGAAGUAGAUGAAAAUGAAUUUGAAAAUCAAUUACUUACGCCGAAUACAAAACAUUUGGAAAAAUUCAAAUUACGUCAACGUGCCAUGCAUGUCAUUCAAGAAUCAAUUCGAGUGACCCGAUUCCGUGAAGUGGCUACCAAAAGCAACAAUAUCGAAGAAUUGGGCAAAUUGAUGAGAGAAUCACAUUUAAGCUUGAAUGAAUUGUACGAAUGUUCACACGAGAAUCUAAAUCGAUUGGUCGAUAUUUCAGAUCGGUUCAAUAUCAGUGCACGUCUUACUGGCGCUGGUUGGGGCGGAUGUAUUGUAGCCAUUUGCGAUUCGUUGGAAACUAGUUCAAAGUAUAUAGCUGAGUUGAAGGAGAAAUAUUUCAAGAAUUUGCCUGACUAUGAUGAAAACGAAGCUGAUAACAUUGUAUUCGUUACGAAUCCACAACGCGGUGCAACAAUAUACUUGAAUGCCCAAUAAAUAUUGCAAGUUAAUUUUGAAAAUUAAACGCCAAUAAUUACAAAGAUCCAAAAUAAAAAAAAAGUAGUAGAGAUUACCAAAUUUAUUAUCCAAUUUUCCAAAUCGUUUUGAUGUGGCGUCAUCUUUUGUUAAAGCUUCUAACCAACAUAUAGCCAAUGAAGAAUAACAGUUUAAACGAUUUUGACAUUAAAACCAAAAUAAACGGCAAAUUAGGUUAUGUUUGAGUU